GCAAAGUUUGCGUCAACUGGGCAUGUUCAAUUUACACAAUGUUGACAAUGUGAACGCUUCAGACAUACAACUUAGCAAAUCUGGCUCUUGAUCUUACUUGGCAUUAUCAAAAAGCCAUAACGGGAUAUCGCGUCUGAUACCCAAAUAUCUCACGUGCACUUCGAGCUGCCGGCGAUGCAGGCGUUCUAGGCGCGAGAGCUGUGAUACGGUGUUGCUUUGCUUCCGUCAUUGGAGGGGUUGAGCUGCAGGCUAAAGUGGGGUGCCAGCAGGAGCUCGGCUUCACAGGGACAGUCAACAUAAGAUCUCGAUGCCUCACUCGCCAACGCUAAAACCCGUUGCUAGCAUUCUAUGCAAAGCACGGUUUUCAGCCCCGCCAUCAUCUCUCAACGGUGUGUUUCGACCGAUCCGGCUCUCGACACCAGUUGCUUUUGCGUCCCGAGUCAACGCCCCUCGGCUCUUUUCUUCGCGUUCAUCAGACAACCCCGCAUCCAUUACAACUGCGCGAAGACUCCCAAUCCGUGCUUCCUCGGCAUCUGUUUCUCUCGUGUUCCGGCGGACCUGCUCUCACGCAUCGUUCCAGUCAAGACUGUGCCGAGCUGUAAACAUGGCAGACAGAGAUAUCCUCCCAGAUAACUUUAAGCCGGUGCACUACGACCUGGUCAUCACUGACCUCGACUUCAAGAAUUGGUCCUACAAAGGCACUGUCAGGAUCGAUGGCAAGCUUGUCAAGCCGACGAAGCAAAUCGUUCUGAACACCCUCGAGCUCAAGCUCCUCAGCUCCACGUUCGUGAUCAGUCAGAACAAGAGUGACCAAUCAUGGGACGCUACCGCCUUUGUCGACGACACCAAGAGUCAGCGGUCGACCAUCUCUUUCCCCCAGGAACUGCCCGUAUCCGACAAGGCUUCGUUGACCAUCAGCUUCACGGGCGAGCUCAAUCAUGACAUGGCCGGUUUCUACCGCAGCCAGUACAAGCCCGCUACGCCGGCUGCUGCCAGCGUGCCCCGCGAUGACGAGUUCCAUUACAUGCUCAGCACUCAGUUUGAAGCAUGCGAUGCUCGCCGUGCUUUCCCCUGCUUCGACGAGCCCAACCUCAAAGCGACCUUUGACUUUGCUAUUGAGAUUCCGGAGGAUCAAGUUGCCCUCUCCAAUAUGCCCGUGAAAGAGACCAAAAACGUUGAGGGUGGCAAAAAGCUUGUAUCCUUUGAGCGUAGUCCGGUCAUGAGCACUUACCUGCUUGCCUGGGCCGUGGGAGACUUUGAGUAUGUUGAGGCAUUCACUGAGCGCCGAUACAACGGCAAGACGAUCCCGGUCCGCGUCUACACGACGCGCGGCUUGAAGGAGCAAGGCCGAUGGGCCCUCGAACAUGCCCCCAAAAUCAUUGACUACUUCUCAGAGCAGUUUGAGAUUGACUACCCCCUCCCGAAGAGCGAUAUCCUGGCCGUGCAUGAGUUCACCCACGGCGCAAUGGAGAAUUGGGGUCUUGUGACGUAUCGAAUGACAGCCAUUCUGUUCGAUGAGAAGCUGUCUGAAGCCCAGUUCCGUAACAGAAUCGCCUAUGUGGUUGCCCAUGAGCUUGCCCACCAGUGGUUCGGCAAUCUCGUCACCAUGGAUUGGUGGGAUGAGCUCUGGCUCAACGAGGGUUUCGCAACGUGGGCCGGUUGGCUGGCAACGGAUUACCUCCACCCUGACUGGGACGUCUGGCCCCAGUUUAUCAACGAGAGUAUGGACCAGGCUUUCCUCUUGGACUCUGUUCGCGCCUCGCAUCCCAUUCACGUCCCGGUCCGCGAUAGCCUCGAUGUCAAUCAGAUCUUUGACAAGAUCAGCUAUCUCAAGGGCUGCUCGAUUAUCCGGAUGCUUGCAUCCAACAUUGGCAUCAAAACAUUCCUCAAGGGGAUUUCCAUCUACCUGAAGAGGCAUGCCUACGGCAAUGCCAAGACAGAGGCUCUCUGGAACGCACUUAGCGAAGCAUCUGGCGUUGACGUCAACACCCUCAUGCGUCCCUGGAUCGAGAAGAUAGGGUUCCCGGUGGUUACCGUUACUGAAGGAAAGCAGCAGAUGUCUGUCAAGCAAUCUCGCUUCCUGUCCACUGGAGAUGUCAAGCCUGAAGAUGACCAGACCGUCUGGUGGGUUCCGCUUGCGAUGAAGGGCAAGGUUGGUUCUGAAGGGGUCGAACCGUUAGCUCUCACAACCAAGGAGUCCACCAUUGAUGGCGUCAGCAACGACUUCUACCAGAUCAAUGCUGGCGCGACCGGCUUUUAUCGCGUCAACUACCCCGAGUCCAGGUUGAGGAUACUCGGCAGCCAGCUCCAACACCUGACAACUGAGGACAAGAUUUUCAUCAUUGGCUCUGCUGCUGACCUUGCGUUCUCCGGCCACGCGACCACCUCAGCUCUUCUGUCCUUCAUCCAGGGCGUGAAGAGUGAGACGCAUUACCGCGUGUUGAGCCAGGCUCUCGAUUCCAUUGGCACUCUCAAGUCCAUCUUCGGCGACGAUGAGCAAAUUAAGAAAGGGCUAGAGAAGUUUACCCUAGAGUUGAUUGAGAAAGCAUUGGGUCAACUGGGCUGGGAGGCCAAGCAGGGUGAAGAUUUCAACACCAGCCUCUUGCGCAAGCGCUUGCUGCUCACUGCCGUUUCCAAUUCGCAUGAAGAAGUGGGCGCAGCUGCGUUCCAGCGCUGGUCUGCGUACGUAGCGAAGCCGACUGAAGCUCCCAUUCCGGCGGACCUCCGCGCUCCUGUCUACCGCGCCGCGAUACUCAGGGACCCGUCAAGCGCCGUGGCGGCUCUAAAACAUGAGUGGUUCACGACACCAGCUAUCGAUGGCAAGGAAAUCUGCCUCCAGGCGCUCGGCCAUACAGGAGACGAAGCCAUCAUCAAGGAUGUCCUCCUCCCAUUCCUGUUCAACAACUCGCCUCCCGCGGCAGCCAGCGAUGCUGUCCCGCCGGCAGACAUGCACAUCCUUUCAGCCAAUCUAGCGGCCAACCGGGUUGGCCGACCCCUGCUUUGGGCCUACCUGCGAGACAACUGGGAUCAGUUCAACGCCAAGCUCGGCGGCAAUCCCAUCCUAGUCGACCGCAUGGUGAACGUUAGCUUGCCCAAGUUCGCGGACCUGGAUACGCUUAAGGAGAUUGAGGAUUUCUUUGCUGGGGUAAGCACUAAAGGCUUCGACCGUACCCUCGAGACGGUCAAGGACAAGAUCCGCGGUCGGGCGGCGUACAGAGCCCGCGAUGCAAAGGGCAUCAAGGAAUGGCUGGUCAGCAAUGGGUACGCGUAAGAACAUGUGUACAGGUCAUAUGUCUGGCUAGGUCGUUCGAUCUAGCACUCUAUAGGCGUUCAAUCUAUCAUCCUGCCAACGUCGGUUCUUUAACAGAGGUGUUUGAAAUGGACAUCAAUGGAGAUCGCAUCACUGCGAGAGGGCACCGUGCCACGCAUGGUCUGCCUACGAGGAGACCCGGGUAAGGGCAACAGGCUCUGGGUUAUCCAACAAAC